UGAGGCAAAUCCUCCUGCUCUUUAUUGCUUCAAGGCCUUGCAGUCUUGGUCUGAUCUGCAGCUGUAGGGAGCUUUUGGCCCAGAAAGCAGGGGAUGUUUUGCUGAGUGGAAUGUAGAGGCAGAUGCCACUUUUUGAGGAUGCAGUUCCCAACCCAGGCUCCCUGAUCUACCGCAUACCCUGUAUGCUGCUUAGGCAGUCCAGAGUCUGGAGUUGUCACCCUCUGCACCGUGGGAUAGGUAGGGGAUCCACAUAUUUCAGCCAUUUUACCUCAAAGUACGGAACUAUCCUAUUCCAUCCCAUUUUCAUACACAACAAGCCCCAAAAAUGCUUCCAGCCCUGGGUGGUGGCCCACCUCCCAUUUCUUCUACCCUCACUAGGCUGCCUUCCUGCAGUCCCAAACUACCCCACUGCCCACUACUUCACUCCAGCCCCCUCCACAUUGCUGCUUCCACCCUGAGCAGUGACCCACCUCUAUCCUUUCUCCGGUGGAAUUCCCUUGCCCUGGCUCCCUGCCUGCAGCCCCACCCAGGCAGGGAUGCCUCAGCUUGGACUAAGCUGGCUGGCACUGGUGCAAAUGGGAUCUGAACCUCCUGUUCAGUGCCAUUAUUCUUCCAUCCCUCACUAUUUGCUGUAAAUAAAUGCUGCACAAGGGCCUCCACUGGUGCUAAUGCUUCACGACACUGGUGGGUGAAGGGCGAAGCAGCUGCACCUCCCAUCCGGGGGUUUCGACGAGACAUAGCAACGACUACAACCAUACCCACUUCUUUCCUGGAGGUUUAUUUCUGUUUCGGAAUUUUUUCCCCCAGCUCCGACGGUGGCUCCAGGGUCUCCUCCCCAUCCUCACCUACCUGCCACCAUCCAGCCCUUGACCACCUCUCAGCAUCAGGAAAAGGUCCCUGGAGUCUGACAGGAAGAUGCCAGGGGGAUUGAACAUCUCUUCUGACAGCCCAGAUCUUCGAGCAGCAGGGAUUAUUGUGACCAUCAUUUUCUCCCUCAUCUUCCUUGUGGGUACUGUGGGAAACGGGCUGGUGCUGGCCGUGCUGCUGUGGAAUGGCCAAGUCAAGUACUCCACCACCAACCUCUUCAUCCUCAAUCUGGCUGUGGCUGACCUGUGCUUCAUCAUCUGCUGUGUCCCUUUCCAGGCCACCAUUUACACCCUGGAUGGUUGGCUCUUUGGGGCCUUUGCCUGCAAGGCUGUGCAUUUCCUGAUCUACCUCACCAUGUAUGCCAGCAGCUUUACCCUGGCUGCUGUCUCUGUUGACAGGUAUCUGGCCAUUUGCUAUCCACUGAAGUCCCGGGAUCUCCGCACAUCCCGAAAUGCAGGAGUGGCCAUUGUGGUAAUCUGGUCACUGUCACUGUUCUUCGCAGGGCCUUACCUCAGUUACUACCAGAUAAUCCAUUACCAUGGUGUGCCCAUCUGUGUCCCCAUCUGGGAGGACCAGCACCGAAAGGUUGUGGACAUCCUCACAUUUGUAGUUGGAUACCUGCUGCCUGUGACUGUGGUGAGCCUGGCAUACUCUAGGACCAUCAAGUACUUGUGGACUUCUGUAGACCCCAUAGAAAGGAUCUCAGAGUCUCGGAAAGCCAAGAGUAAGGUCACCAAGAUGAUUGUCACAGUGGCCAUUCUGUUCUGCCUUUGCUGGCUGCCCCACCACCUGGUCAUCCUCUGCUUCUGGUUUGGCCACUUUCCCUUCAACCGGGCCACUUAUGCUUUCCGUCUGGCUUCCCAUUGCCUUUCCUAUACCAACUCCUGCCUCAAUCCCAUUGUCUAUGCCCUCAUCUCCAAGCACUUCCGCAAGCGUUUCAAGCAGGCCUUUACCUGCCUCUUCUUCCAGAACAAGAUCAGGAAAAAGAAGAAGAGAGUUGGAAGGAAAGUCCAUAUGGUCAAUGUGGAAAGAGGUUUUGCCAACAGGACAGGAGCUUUCUAUGGAGGCAACAUGGAGGUGACCCAAGUCCCAGAGGAGAACAUGAGGGACCAUGGAGAUGCCAGUCGUGCCAGAGCAUGGACUUGGCAGGUACAAGAUGCCAUGGUCUCUGUUCAGAAGGAGCUGCUGGAGGAAGAAAUUUUGGCUACAGCUGGCCAUUCCCUAGAUGUGACCCCUCUAAGAGGAACUGUUGGACCAGAACAAGAAGAAGCCCUAGAAAAGGGCUAGAGAGGCAAGGAAAAAGUCUCCAUUUGCAUCACAUUUCCUGACCACAUCACAGUGGUUUUGCUUUCCUCCAGGAUCAUCACACCCAUGCCUUAACCCCACUGAGAUAGUUUUAUGUUAGCCGUGAGAGAUGAGCUCACUCAUUCAGACCCAUUAAACUGAGUUCAAGUCCUCCAGAACUCCUCAAACACAUCCUCCAUGACCCUGUAGCCAAGUCCGAGACCUGCCAUCAUCCCAGCUCAAUAUUCACAGUAAACUUUAAGUGACUGCAACAGCCCUCCUUUUCUUUAAUUACAUAUGGUGUUUUAUCCACUGUGUGGAUCCUGAAUAUGUAGCUCUUAAUGUGAGGCAGACCUGCACCUUUAAUUUCUUAAGGGAAGGUAAAAGAUGGGAAGUUUAUGGAAAGCUGUGACAUUGUGGGACACCCAGACUUCCACAGUGAAGCUGGGAAACAAUUACAGGUUGUCAUGGCACUUGUAGCUGGCCUGAGCCCUGCAUGGGCUGCAGAAUCCUCUGGUGUCCUCACUUGUCCCUCUGUAUGGUGCUGGAAGUUGUGUCAAAAGUAAAGGGGUUUCGGCCCCAGCCAGUGCUGUACGCAUUGUGCAGUGGGGCCAGGUAACAUCAGGCAGCUUGCAGAGCUGUGAUGUGCAUGAGCAAAGCCAUGGUUUCCCCCUUAUUUUUCUUCUUUUUCUGUUCUCUACUUCUGUUUGCGUAAAUCUUUCCUCUUUACUUUGUCCUGCCCACUCUUAUUCCCAGGUGACAUGGUAUUUCUAAUGCUCACUGAAGCGAUUGUAUGCUCAGCUCCAAGGACAUCCCUUUUUUUGUGCAGAGGCUAACUGAAGAGGAAGGCCAACUGGGCUGGGAAUUAGUUUUCUUUUUCCAUUCAAGUGCUUUCUGCACUUUGAAUCUCCCUUGACUCUGUUCCUGUUUCUGAUUUUUUCACCUUUCUCCUUUCAUGGCAGCUGCCACUCCUCUACAGCGGAUGUCUUUCAGAAAUGUGUCCAGAGUGCCUUGCCCACCUUCCUGGGAACAGAGAGUUCUGCAGCCACCCUCUGCACAUAAUGCCAUGGCAUUGGAGGAAGAAGGGAACAGCAGUCAGGAACAAUGAUGUGGCAUAGCUGGAUGCCACCUGCUCUUGCCUAGAAGCAGCUGGGCUGUUUUCACCCCUGAUCCUGUUGCUCCUGGUCCCAGCAUGCAAAAGGAACAGAUCAGAUCAGGACUGACUGCUGCACAUUGGGGUGAAGCCUAAAUGAAACAGGACAGAGACGACGGGGAAGAUCUUGGGGAAAAGGUGCUUUUAGCAUGACAAGUGGCUGCAAGCCCUGGAGCCCUUCACUAAGCUCUGCCUGGUGCUAAGCCCCAAUUUUGAGGAGCACAUGAGCAGGAAGGGCAGGUGCUGAGCCUGGGCUGGGAAGGCUCUAGAGCCAGAAGGGAACUCCUGUCUAUCCAGUACCAGUGUACGUGCUCCAACUGGUUUCUCAGCUCAAAAGCAGAGGUGAAGCAAAGAUAUCACAUCCUUGACAUAGAGCCAGGUUUAAUUAAAAAGAAGGAGUUUGAUUGCUGUUUUCCACACAGCCUUCCCUCCAGACUGAUUUGCAUUCUGCAGUCUCUGCUCCCAGCUUCUGCUUUAAUUAUUGACUCUUUUCUCUUAUUUUCUGUCCUGCUUUUUAUCACUCAGGCUGACAAGCUCAUCUUUAACCCUGCAGGGGCUGGUUUGCCACGUCAGUAGAGUGCUGCUGUUCCAAGAUCUGGAACAGGGUAGAUGAAAGGGGAGAGGUGUGAGCACGUCAGGGCUUUGUGUCUAGUGGUAAGCACUAGCUCUUUUCCAUGGGGUAACUUAGUCCUGCCAAUUGUGUGCUGAUUCUGGUGUCUGGCAUCUCCCUGACAUGUGUGACAUGAGCCUGAUAUCACUGGGAGGUGUCAGACCAAGGUGUCAAGACGCUCAUCUUGCUUAUGACCCUGUGUGCAAAUCUGGCAGCCCUGGGAAGUGAAUUCUGGUUAUUUGCUUUUGGAUUUAGCUGCUGGUUGCUAAUCUAUGACCAGCCUUAGCAGCGACCAGCUGAUUUUUUAAAUUCUUCCACAUGCUCUCUUCCCCUCUUAGAGAUUUCAUUAAAAAAACCCAGAGGAACACUGUUUAUGUGUUCCUCUUUUAUCAUCUUCCAUACCUCCUUUAUCAUCUUCCUAAUCAAAACUUGAUGAUUCCUCCACCUAGUCACCCCAUGGGCCUUGGCUUAUCCAGGGCUGCUCCCCCAGGCUGGCCAGGCACAAUACAUGAAGAAGGCAUCUUUCUGUAAGUAUCUUUCUGUGAUGGAAGAGAUCUUUGCUCACAGAGUGAGCAAAGGAAGCAGAUGAAAGGGUCAGAAGUUUGCCCUAAAGACACUUCACGGGGCUUCCUUAGCAGCACAGAUAAUUGCUGUGCUGGAUUUGAAGUCUGCUAGAAAGGUAAAGGUGGAGGAAGUAAAUGAGUUUAGCUGUUGGAGAUUAAUUAUUUUGGCGGCUGCAGAGCUGAACAAAUUCUUGAUGUUCACACACAUUUGCAGUGUGUGCUUUUCAUUUGAUUGUGUGGGUAAAGUGGCUGCUCCAGAGAAAGGUCACUUGCUUAGUAACAUCCAUGCAGCUUUGCUGGGAGGCCUUGUCAAGGGUGUUGCUUCUGCUAUGGCUACUCUGUGAGAUACAAGCAGGUUCUCAGCUGUUCGCUUGCUUGAGGCAGAUCCACAGUCUGGCUGGUUUUGGUUGCAUCUUAUAGUACAGCAGCAGCCUCAGAGCCAGGGAAGUUGCUGCUGGAUUCAAUGGCUGGGAAUUCUGCAGAUCACAUGCUCUGAACUAGGAGGGGAAAUGGAAUGUAUUUGGAAGUCAGGUAGUGGUGAGAGGGAACCAAAGUCUUAAGUCGCAGUUGAUGAUAUGGCCCUGAGAAGCGUGACUAAUCAUUUCUCAGGAAGGAAUCUGGGGGGUGCACUUGAUGGUGCAGCACAAAGAAAAUGAGGAGUUUGGACUGAUGUUAAUGGCAAAAUAAAUGGCAGAGGGAAACCUGUGCUGUUGUUUCCAUUCUCCAGUACUGCAGCAGACCCCUCUGGAAGACACAGAAAACUGCCACCAACCUCAGGGGUUGUGCAGGGAAAUCUGUGGCAAAGGGUACAAAGACAGCAAAAAUCUGCUGGGAGAAGCUGAAGCCUCUAGGCUGGAAGCAGGGAGAAAACCAGGCAGUGCCAGUUAACAUAGUGAGAAGCCAUGUUUCCUCCUUCCUUGGAACAGCUUCUUUCCUGCCCAGCACCUAACUUUCAUUCUGGAUACAGCUGCUGAGCGUGACAGGGUAGUUAUGGCUCUGGGUAUGACUGGCUGACACAAAGAAACCUAAAACUUUUCUUCAUCCAGUGCCAAACACAUGAUAUGGCUUAGAGCAGCCCACAGCUUCAAGCCCUGAGGCAGAAAAACAGAACUGACUGGUGAUUCAUAGAAUACAAUUCCUACAUGAUACAUUUUUUCCCCACUGAAAACCAGAUGCGCUUUUCUCUUUCUUACCUGGUGUUACUGCUAAAGCAGUGGCAAAACUUCCUAUAGGCAUUUGGAUUUUUAUUGCCUCUCCUGCCAUUGUGGGAGCAGUGCUGCAAAAGAAGCAAGACAAUUGCUCCUGGCUGGCUGCAGCACCCCCACCUUUCCCCUCUGUCAGGAGCUGUUAAGAAAAAGACUAGCACUAGGCAAGACAAAAGCCUGAAGAGUUGUGGACAACAUCACAUGUGCAGAGGCUAAAAGCUUCACUCUGAGUCUCAGCUAGAUGUGUUCCUGGGUUUGAGGUAAGCUUCUAAGAGGUGUCUACUUAGAGACAACAUCAGCAACUGAAGUAACUGCAGGGAUAAAGAGCAUUUUUGCCAUAUGCUCUCCAGGCCCCUUAAUGGUCUCCUCAGCAACAAGGCUGUUGAUGGUAGAAGUGCUGGCAGAUGAGUGUAUGUGGACAUCAAGACUGAGCUCUAAAGACAGGAAGAAACAAGUUCAAGUAAAGACUGGGCAUGAAGGUUGCAUGCUCCUUGCAUAGGGGCCAUGCUGGAAGCUCUCUGCCAUGCCCAAAUGUCCUGCCCCAGAUCCUCAUCCUCUUGCUGUCUCUUCACAGCACAGCCAUUUUAUUCAGCAUGGUGCAAGACACAAUUUCUGCCACUGGGCAAGGCUGCUUUUCCUCUCUGCAAAACAUCUUCCAGCUUGAAGCACUCCUGCUGGGAUUCUCUUUCCUCUGUUUGUAUGGUUUCACAGCAACUACCUAGAUUUUAAAUUUGGAUUUCUUGGCUGGAAGUCAGGAUCAGAAAAGGUCAGCCAGCAA